GCGAUAGGGUGAAAGCGGCAUGUAGGCGGGCCUAAUGUGCUUGCCGGAAGAGGUUUGCACGUGUCCGAAACGAAGACGCUCUUGGGGUUUUUUUUUUGAGGAGUUCCCCGUUCUUCAGCUGAAGCCAUGAGUUGCCCCGUGACUUGCGCUGCCUGGGUCCCCAGGGGAGUUGCUAAGGCAACACCGGACAAGGUGCAAAUUGACAGGGAAGAAUUAAAGCAUUUGAUCUCUGAAGCCAAAGAGAGAUUGCAAGAAAGAACUGAUGGUAGUGAUGAUGAUGAACAGGGCGAUGCUGCAGGAGACACCAUGGAGGUCACUGAGGCAGCUGGCUCUGCUCUUGAAGAUGAAGACAAUGAAGAAAAACGGGAUGAUGGUGGUGAUGAUGAUGAUGAUCUGGCAAGAUAUGAUUUGGAUAAUUACGAUGAGGAAGACGAAGGUACUGAUAGUCUUGGAGAGACUCUAGCGGGCCUAACAGUGUAUGGAAGUAAUGAAAAUGAUCCUUACAUCACUAUUAAAGAUACUGAACAAUAUGAACAAGAAGAUUUUGUGAUUAAGCCAAGUGAUAAUCUUGUUGUCUGUGGCAGAGUUGAUAAGGACCAUUGCAGUUUAGAGGUUCACGUUUAUAAUCAUGAAGAAGACUCCUUUUAUGUUCAUCAUGAUCUCAUCUUAUCGGCGUACCCUUUAAGUGCGGAGUGGCUGAACUUUGAUCCUAACCCUGACGAUUUGGCAGGAAACUAUAUUGCCGUGGGAACAAUGAGCCCUGUUAUUGAAGUGUGGGACCUUGACAUAGUGGAUUCUCUAGAACCAGUCUUUUCCCUUGGAAGCAAGAAAGUGAAAAAGAAGAAAAAGAAAGGAAAGAAGAGUUUAUCAAAAGAAUACCCUCAAGAGGGGCAUACUGACGCAGUUCUUGACUUGUCAUGGAAUAAACAACUCAGAUCUGUGUUGGCAAGUGCAUCAGCAGACCAGUCAGUAAUUCUUUGGGACAUGUCGACAGGUACACCAGCAGCAAACAUUUCUUUUCACACAGACAAGGUGCAGACGCUGCAGUUUCAUCCGUUUGAAACGCAAACUCUCAUUUCUGGUUCUUACGACAAAUCAGCCAUUUUGUAUGACUGCCGAAAUCCACAGGAAAACCGUAGAAUCUGGCGGUUCAGUGGGCAAGUUGAAAGACUGACUUGGAAUCACUUUUCACCUAACCACUUUUUAGCCAGCACGGAAGAUGGAUUUGUGUACUGUCUAGAUGCUCGUUCAGAUAAACCAGUCUUCACUCUGAAAGCUCACGAUGAAGAAGUAUCUGGACUACAGUUAAGCAGCCAAAUCAAAGGAUGUCUCGUGACAUCAUCAGCAGACAAAUAUGUGAAAAUCUGGGACAUAUUGGGAGACAAACCUAGUUUGGUCCAUUCCAGGGAUAUGAAAAUGGGUGUACUCUUUUGUUCAGCAUGUUGCCCAGAUCUGCCAUUUGUCUAUGCCUUUGGAGGAGAGAGACAAGGGUUACGCGCCUGGGACUUAAGCACCAUUUCUGCAGUGAAUGAUGUGUUUGGAAACAGGGAGAGGCUUAUCAUUGCCCAAUCCAGUUCUCAAGCAAAGGCCUCUGUUGCUACGGCUGCAAGUAACCCAGAAGCCAAAAUGGAAUCAUGAUGUACUUUUUAACUGUAUAUGUAUCCAGAACAAAUAUAGCAUUGGAAUAUA